AUGGCGGAAGGCACAACGGCGCAGGAGAGGUUCGCCCUCAUCCAGGAGAACUUGGCCGAGGUCAUGAACCCCGAGAUCAUCGAGAAGAUCUUGGCCGAGGGACGCAACCCCAAGAUCUACUGGGGAACCGCGACAACGGGCAGACCUCACUGCGGCUACUUCGUCCCGGCCAUCAAGCUGGCGCAGUUCCUCGCCGCCGGCUGCGAAAUGACUGUCCUUCUCGCCGAUAUCCACGGCUUCCUCGACAACCUCAAGGCCCCCAUCGAGCUCGUCGAGCAGCGCGCCAAGUUCUACAAGUUCGCCAUUACAAACAUUCUCAACGCUGUCGGCGUCUCCACGGAGAAGCUCAAGUUCGUCCUCGGCAGCUCCUACCAGAAGAGCCCCGAGUACAUCAUGGAUGUCUACAAGAUGAGCUCGCUCAUUAGCGAGAGAGAUGCGAAGAAGGCUGGUGCCGAGGUCGUGAAGCAGUCUGACAACGCCCCCAUGAGUGGUCUGCUGUACCCCGUCCUUCAGGUCUGCGACGAGCAGCACCUUGGUGUCGAUGCUCAGUUCGGAGGCAUGGAUCAAAGAAAGUUGUUCGCUGCGGCCACCGAAUGGUUGCCCAAGGUCGGAUACCAAGUGCGCGCGCAUCUGUUGAACCCCAUGGUGCCGGGUCUGAACGGUGGAAAGAUGAGCGCGAGUGAUCCUGACAGCAAGAUCGACCUUCUCGAUGCCCCCGAGGUUGUCCAGAAGAAGCUCCGCAAGGCCGAGUGUGUGCCCAAGGUUGCUGAGGGCAACGGUGUCCUGUCCUUUGUCGAGUAUGUCCUGCUGCCCGCCGCUUCGCUGAAGGGCAAGAAGGAGUUCCGCGUCGAGCGUGAGCGCGACGGCCUCGAGACCCUGGUUUACACCGAUAUCAAGCAAAUGCACGAGGAUUACAAGAAUGACGUCUUGACGCCCCAGCUGCUCAAGCCCGCCGUGACCAAGGCCCUGAACGAACUCCUGGCACCCAUCCAGCAAGCCUUCCAGGCCUCCGAGGAGUGGAAGCAGGUCACAGAGAGGGCCUACCCUCCGGUUGAAGACGACAAGAAGAAGAAGAAGAAGCAGCCCAAGGACAAGGGCUCCCGCUACCCCGGCGGCGGCAAGGGUCCCGCCGCGCAGGACGGCGCCGCCAAGGAGACGGAGCUGCCGGUGCGCCCUGCCGAGGGCCAGUGA